GGUUUAAAACUGGUUUGCUCCCAGAAAUCUAGAGAACUCGAUUCGUGUUUGCAGUGGAUGUAACUCUAAUUGUGCCAAUUGUUUUCUGUUCGUUAUCGUGUUUUGACCUUAUUGUCCAGUGUACAAAGCUACGCUAGCAAAUACUAAUUACAAAUACUUGGUUACUUCGUAGAUUGUAGAUAAAAAGUCAUAGAAAUGAAUCAGUUUGAUCCUGUGAUUGUGGAAAUGGUUUCGAAAUACUCGAACACUGGAAGGAUUGAACUUUGCACAAAUACGGUAACGGGUGUCUUCCAAAUGGCAGUUUUCCUAAAAUUGCCUGAGUUGCCGACGCUUUGCGUUGGGUUCAUGCUAGGCUCCGUGAAUUUGACCAGUUGCAUUCCGUUCUGGAAGUUAGCAGAAUUCUACAACGUGCAACCAUUACGAAUUUAUCUUCGAACGUUUAUAUCCAACUCUUUGAAUGAUGUGAUGAAGACAACCGAUUUCCUCGAGUUGGAGGUGGAGCAUGUAAAGCGUCUACUCAGUGAUGUCAGAUUGAAAUACUCCGAAGCCCCUCAACGCUAUGAGAUGGUUUACUUAGCUGUAAUGCAUUGGAUCAGAUACAAAGUAAUAGAGCGACGUUGGUACAUAGGAAGACUCCUGCGGUUAAUAAGACCCGAGGAGAUCAGCGCACAGUUUCUAAACGAAGUAAUUCUAGACAAUAAAUUGAUGACGGAAAAUGAUGCUGCUAAGAAAUGGCUGUGGAACAAUUUUAAUGUUAGGUUCAAUCGCCGAAGAAAUUGAUCGUGAUAUCAAGAGAAAUUUCCAUAAUGGACGAUAGUAACCGAUUUUGGGUUUUUAUGGUUCGUACAUAACGUAUUAUGUAUGUAGGUAUUAUCUUAAAAAUCAGUUCUUAAAUUCUUUUAAAUUUCGAUGUUAGUGUAACUGAUUAUUUUAUGAGUCAAUGAUAAAGUGCAUUUUCCAAUAAAAA